UGGCUACUGAACACACGAAAUCUCCAGUAAUGCGAUGCCAAAGCAACUUCUUCAAUUCGGCACCUCGUCGUCUUUACUUUUCACUUGAUGACAAUUUCUCUGGGGUUGUGCCAGGCGCGUCUUUCCCUCUCUGCCUCCCACAUCUGUCGCACUGAAAGUUUGAUUUUUUAAAAAGUGGAAAUGAACAACACCGGGUUCAACCAAACGGAGGGCGGACUGCUCAACAAGACGGAGGAGUUUUUCUGCUGCAACUUUUCAUCCGUGGUGACUGAUAACGGCUUUGUGGCCGCCGCUCCGGAUGAGAGAAGCCUCUUCAUUAUGAGGGUGGUCCAGAUUGCCGUCAUGUGCGUUUUGUCCCUCACUGUGGUGUUUGGCAUAUUUUUCUUGGGUUGCAACCUUCUCAUAAAAUCAGAGGGAAUGAUCAACUUUCUAGUAACGGACAGGAGACCGUCUAAAGAAACGGAGGCAGUUAUUGUUGGAGCCUACUGAUUGAUGAGGACCUUUAUAUUAUUAUUUGAAUCAGAUCUGAAGUCUGGCGGAGACAGAUGCGAUGAUCAACUGAACAAGCCCCUGUUUUCAUAUUGGUAUUUAGAAGAAAGCCUCAGAAAUAGUCCCCUUGCGGGAUGUAACUGGUGACUGGGGCUCACAGGUGUGACAACCUUAUUCCUUGUGGCUUUUCAAACGCCAACAAAGACUCAUUCAUCUUCAAGAGGUAUAAAGUCUUUUAAGCCUCUUUGUCUAUUCAGUCAAGCUGUUGUAAUUUCAGUAGGCCUAGUUGGAGCACCGUUUUGUCAAGCAGCAUCCUUUGUCAUGGAAGUGGCAAAGUCUUCGUAUUUGCUGCUUAAAACGGCCCUCUCAUAUUGCUCAUGCAAAGGAGAAAUUGAUGUUUAACAUGAACUGUAUGUUGUAUGUGUUUUUGCAUACAAUAUGCAAUAUAGUAAUCCGUGUAUUUCUCUGGAUUC